AUGAGCUCGGGCGACGAUUUCGAUCUGUCGGAUUCGUCGAGCUCCGACGAUUCCGACCUUGACGAGCUGCUCCAGGAUGACGACUUGGAGGCCACCAUGCUCCUCCUUGCCGUCAAGGACCUGGAGGACCGCGCGAAGCUGCUGAAUCGGAGGCGCGGCUCCGUGUUCGGCCGGAACCACAUCCAGCGGAAUCGCCUCCUCGGCCACGAGCAGCUGAUGGAGGACUACUUCGCCGAGGUACCUACCUAUCCUGCCCAUCUGUUCCGUAGGAGGUAUCGCAUGCGGCGUAGCUUGUUCGUCCGCAUCGUCAAAGACUGCGAAUUGCAUUCGAAUUACUUCAAGCAACGUAGGAAUGCCGCCGGGGUGAUGGGUUUCAGCGCAUUCCAAAAGAUCUCUGUUGCCAUGAGGGUAAUUGCGUAUAGCAUCCCUGCGGAUUACACCGACGAGUAUCUUCGAAUUGGCGAAGAUACUACCACGGAGUCAGUCCGCAGGUUUGCUCGCAUGAUUAUCAAGUUGUACGGGCCUACGUAUCUCCGAGCUCCCAACGAGGAUGACACCAAACGGUUGAUGGAGAUAAAUGAGAAAAGAGGUUGGCCUGGAAUGCUUGGUAGUCUCGAUUGUAUGCAUUGGACAUGGAAGAAUUGUCCAAAAGCAUGGCAUGGACAGUACUGUGGCAAGAGCAAAGAUGCAACCAUUGUCCUUGAGGCUGUAGCAUCACAAGAUUUGUGGAUUUGGCACUGUUUUUUUGGUUUGCCGGGGACACUCAAUGACAUCAACGUCCUGCAAAGGUCUCCUUUGUUUGCUAAAUUAGCAAAUAAGGAAGCACCCACUUGCAACUACAAGGUCAUGAACAAUGAGUACACAAUGGGCUAUUACCUAGCCGAUGGCAUCUAUCCGGAUUGGGCAACUUUUGUUAAGUCUGUCAAGGAUCCCCAAGAUAGAAUAGAAGUUGAAUUUGCCAAGGCUCAAGAAGCAGCUCGCAAGGACAUUGAGAGAGCUUUUGGUGUUUUGCAAGCAAGCGUCGCCGACGCCGAGGCUCCCUUCUUGGGCGACAUCGUUGCCGAAGCCGCUAUCCAAAUCGUGUGCGCCGCCGGCGACGCUUCCCAACUCUUCGGCACAACAGUCGUCGAUGGCGAUGCCCCUUUCGUCUGCGCCGCCAUCCUCCAUACUGCUUCCAAGCCCUUGGUCGCCUCCUUCGUCGACGCCGAUGCUGCUGCCUUCUUGGGGCCCGGCGAUAUAGGAGGCUUCCUCCCGUUCAUCCCCACCCCAUGCUCGGCCACAAACCGGUCAAAGGAUACCGGGGUCGGUAGGGGGAUCAGGGAGGCCACAUACUCGAGCAGCGGGUAG